GGGCACAACUGGAAGCAGAAGAGCUGGAAGAAGUACAAGAACGAGAACGCAACGCUUCUUCUGGAGUAUCAGGUGGAAGUAGUAGAGAUGAUGCCUUUACAACACCUUCGAGAACACUGGAGGCGGAGCAGGAGCGACCUUCAGCCAACACAGUGCCUGGCAUUAACAGUAAGGCCUCCCCUGAUCCAUCUCUAUAGGGAUCCCUCAACCGUAUGCGCCCCAAUAGCUACGAGGGGAAUAGUGACGCAUACGCUUGAGGGGUAUCCACAGGAAUGAAUUAGGAAGAGGUCUAAUGGCACCAGUAGAACUGAGCGUCACGACCCUGUACAACAUGGCGCUUUUGUCACAGCAAUGUUGAAUUCUGCGUCACAUAACCGCUUGGGGCCCGGAGGAGCUUCAAGGACAGAUUACAUGCCCUUAU